CUUUCAGAUGAGGAAACUGAGGAAUCAGCUUGCCCAGGGUCACGCAAUCAGGAUUUGAACCUGUAUGUCUCAGGCCCCCACAACUCAACCACUGCAGGAGACUGAAGCAGAGACCAGGGUCCCGGUAGGAAGGGAGUACCGCCACCUGCAUCCCCACCCUCCAGGCCCCAGGGCCCACUGGCCCCAGAGCGGUCAAGCUGAGAUGACGGUCAAGCUGGAUUUUGAGGAGUGCCUUAAGGACUCACCCCGCUUCCGAGCCUCUAUUGAGCUGGUGGAAGCCGAAGUGUCAGAAUUGGAGACCCGGCUGGAAAAGCUCCUCAAGCUGGGUAAUGGCCUCCUGGAAAGUGGGCGCCACUACCUUGCCGCCAGCCGGGCCUUCAUCGUUGGCAUUUGUGACCUGGCCCACCUGGGUCCACCAGAGCCCAUGAUGGCGGAGUGUCUGGACAAUUUCACUCAGAGCCUGAGCCACAAGCUGGACAGCCACGCAGAGCUUCUAGAUGCCACCCAGCACACACUGCAGCAGCAAAUCCAAACUCUGGUCAAGGAAGGUCUCCGGGGCUUCCGAGAGGCUCGGCGGGAUUUCUGGCGGGGGGCUGAGAGCCUGGAGGCUGCUCUUACCCACAACGCAGAGGUCCCCAGGCGCCGGGCGCAGGAGGCAGAAGAGGCCGGAGCUGCUCUGAAGAUUGCUCGAGCCGGGUACCGGGCACGGGCCCUGGAUUAUGCCCUGCAGAUCAAUGUGAUUGAGGACAAGAGGAAGUUUGACAUCAUGGAGUUUGUGCUGCGUCUGGUGGAGGCCCAGGCUACCCAUUUCCAGCAGGGCCACGAGGAGCUGCGCCGGCUGGCCCAGUAUCGCAAGGAGCUGGGUGGCCAGUUACACCGGCUGGUCUUGAAUUCGGCUCGAGAGAAGAGGGACAUGGAGCAGAGACACGUGCUGCUGAAACAGAAGGAGCUGGGUGGGGAAGAGCCAGAGCCAAGCCUAAGGGAGGGGCCUGGUGGCCUGGUCAUGGAAGGGCAUCUCUUCAAACGGGCCAGCAAUGCAUUUAAAACCUGGAGCAGACGCUGGUUUACUAUUCAGAGCAACCAACUGGUUUAUCAGAAGAAGCACAAGGACCCUGUGACUGUGGUGGUGGAUGACCUUCGUCUCUGCACAGUGAAGCUCUGUCCUGACUCAGAAAGGCGGUUUUGCUUUGAGGUGGUGUCCCCCAGCAAGUCCUGCCUCCUGCAGGCUGACUCAGAGCGCCUCCUGCAGCUGUGGGUCAGUGCUGUGCAGAGCAGUAUCGCUACGGCCUUCAACCAGGCUCGCCUUGAUGACAGCCCCCGGGGUCCAGGCCAGGGCUCAGGACACCUGGCCAUGGGCUCCGCCGCCACCCUGGGCUCUGGCGGGAUGACCAGGGGAAGGGAUUCUGGUGGGGUCGGGCACGUGGCAGCCCAGGUGCAGAGCGUGGACGGCAACGCCCAGUGCUGUGACUGCCGGGAGCCGGCCCCUGAGUGGGCCAGCAUCAACCUUGGCGUCACCCUCUGCAUUCAGUGCUCCGGCAUCCACAGGAGCCUGGGAGUUCAUUUCUCCAAAGUCCGGUCCCUGACCCUUGACUCAUGGGAGCCGGAACUCGUGAAGCUCAUGUGUGAGCUGGGGAAUGUCGUCAUGAACCAGAUCUAUGAGGCCCGUGUGGAGGCCAUGGCCGUGAAGAAGCCAGGGCCCAGCUGCUCCCGGCAAGAGAAGGAGGCCUGGAUUCACGCCAAAUACGUGGAGAAGAAGUUCCUGACCAAGCUUCCCGAGAUUCGUGGGCGAAGAGGUGGCCGGGGCCCCCCGAGGGGGCAGCCUCCUGUGCCCCCAAAGCCGGGCACCAUCAGGCCCCAGCCCGGGAGCUUCAGACCCAAGCCAGAGCCACCCUCUGAGGACCUGGGCAGCCUGCACCCUGGGGCCCUGCUGUUUCGAGCUGCUGGGCAUCCUCCAUCCCUUCCCACCAUGGCUGAUGCCCUCGCCCAUGGAGCCGAUGUCAACUGGGUCCACGGGGGUCAGGAGAAUGCCACACCACUGAUCCAGGCCACAGCUGCUAAUUCUCUUCUGGCCUGUGAGUUCCUCCUCCAGAACGGGGCAAACGUGAACCAAGUGGACAGCCACGGCCGAGGCCCGCUCCACCAUGCAACCAUUCUUGGCCACACGGGGCUGGCCUGCCUCUUCCUGAAACGGGGGGCCGAUCUGGGAGCCCGAGACUCUGAAGGCAGAGACCCCCUGACCAUCGCCGUGGAAACAGCCAACGCUGACAUCGUCACUCUGCUGCGAUUGGCAAAGAUGAGGGAGGUCGAUGCGGCCCAGGGCCAGGCUGGAGACGAGACGUAUCUCGAUAUCUUCCGCGACUUCUCCCUCAUGGCGUCCGACGACCCGGAGAAGCUGAGCCGGCGUAGCCAUGACCUACACACGCUUUGAUCCCAGGCCUUCGAGGGCCCGCACCCCCUAUCCCUGCCCUUCCCACCGCCCGUCCCUUUCUAUUAAAGCCUUUGUGCUUUGU